AUGGGGCCUGUUAUGAUUCCUAGUGUUAUUUUGUGGCACCUUUUCUUCUUUGUGAGUUUUGUUAUUGAAGGGAUUAGUGGGCAUGUUUCGAGUUGGGUUAAUGCUCAUGCAACCUUCUAUGGCGCUAACCUUAGCCCCAGCACUCUUGGAGGAGCAUGUGGAUAUGACAACACAAUCCAUGCUGGGUUUGGAGUGAACACAGCGGCGGUGAGCGGUGCUUUGUUUAGGGGAGGAGAGGCUUGUGGUGGUUGCUACCAAGUGAUGUGUGACUACAAGAUCGAUCCUAAAUGGUGCCUCCGAGGUGGUGUGGUCACUGUGACUGCUACCAAUUUCUGCCCUUCCAACAACAAUGGAGGAUGGUGUGAUCCUCCUCGACACCAUUUCGACAUGUCCAUGCCUGCUUUUCUUCACAUUGCUCGACAAGGCAACGAAGGCAUCGUUCCCAUCCUGUAUACAAGGGUGUCAUGUAGAAGAAGAGGAGGGGUGCAUUUCACAUUGAGGGGACAAGGGAACUUCAAUUUGGUUAUGAUCUCCAAUGUUGGAGGAAGUGGUGAUGUAAGAGGUGCAUUUGUUAGAGGGUCAAGGACAAGAUCAUGGGUUCCAAUGCACAGGAAUUGGGGUGCUAAUUGGCAAGGCAAUGUGGAUCUUAGAGGCCAAACACUUUCUUUCAAGCUCAAUUUGGUUGAUGGCAAGUUAUUGCAAUUCUUCAAUGUUGUUCCUUCCUCAUGGAGGUUUGGCCAGACAUUUGCUUCCAAAACUCAGUCCUCAUAACACAAUCAAAAAGAAGACACAAUUUAACUACAUAUGAAAAUAUGUAGUAGUAGUCCUACAACUGGA